AUGGUAAACGCAAUGCUAGCACGUCCCAUUAGAAUCUUCCACAUUCAACGUGACGAGCACCUCGCACUCAUAGAGAUGAAAUUGGUCCUCAGCAGCUCGUGGUCGAGCAAUCAUCUAUCGCCUACUUUCUGUCCCUUUGAAACUUGCCUCUCACGACCAAUUCCGUUGCCUGCUAUACCCUCAAACACAGCCAGCAUCCAAACUCCAAACUCUAAAACCUGCAACACCCCGAGGAAAGGUCCGAGCAUCUUCACAUUAUGUCUGCACCUCUGUCUGGUCAAUUGA